AUGUAUCAUUUUCCUACCCACCAAUUCUACAACCAAAAUGCUUACCAGCAGCAAUGUCCGAUGUAUGUAGAUAAUAAUAAACAUGCCUCUAUCCCAGUUGUAGCUCAGAUAUCAUGUGAAACCGUACAACACAACUUAACUGAAAUACAACCCGAGGUAAAUGAACCUCAAGCUACACAUACAACAACCAAUUGUCUAAAGAAAAAAGCAAAUGCCAACAAAGGCAGAGUUGACACGUCCAACUUUACAAUUGAAGAAAGACUGGUAGCGGCCGUUUGGGUGCAUGAGAGAAAAAAUACUAAAAGCAGCAUGAGCCAAAUCAAGCGAGACUUCCGCGAGAGGUUUGACCGCGAGCCUCCAGCCAAGAACACAUUAGUGGUGUGGGAGCGUAAACUGUUUUCUACGGGUAGCGUUCACGACGCUCCCAGAGCGGGCCGACCGAUUAAUAGGCUCGCGCGCACGGCCGAGGUGGCGGCGUCGGUGCGCGCGGCGCCGGGCCUGUCCGUGCGCGCCCGCGCCCGCGCGCUCCGCCUGCCGCGCACCACGCUGCGCACCAUCCUGCGCGCCGACCUGCCGCACGCACCGCCACCCGCGCUCGCCGGUAAACAACAAACAAAGGCGAAGAAAAGAAAGAAACUCAAGCCAACUCAAGAGGUAGAGCAUGGUGUUGGGUGUGGACAGCUCGUACGGAGUGGCUACCCGUGA